AUGGGACAAGUUCUCCUGUUCUCCGGGCCUUCCCCGGGGGCGGAGGGAUUGGAGAUAGAGAUGAGACGGUCAGAUGGCAUCCCCAGGUUGGCACCAGAGAUUGAACAGGGCAAUGUCGAAUACAAGUUGAUCCUAAAGAACCCCUCCCCGGAGCGUCUACAUCGACUUGUAACUCAGUUAAACUGGAGGCUCAUGGAAGGCAAUGGCCAAGCCUACUACCAGCUUGGAGUAGCCGACUCUGGGGAGCUAAUAGGAUUGACAAAAGACGAGAUGGAGGCUACCUUGGAGACAUUGGAAAAUAUGGCCGGCGAGCUCGGAGCAAGCGUGCUCAUCAGCCGGGAGAUAGAAGUCCGUGGACGGUUUACCUCACUUGCUUUGGAGUCGGUCAACGGAAUGGGUGGGACCAAAGACAUGAGCGGUGUACCCUCCUCGUUGACAUCUCUGAGCGCGACAAGCACCGACGUGACCACGACAGAUACUGACACCAGCGAGAUGGAUGGUGCAGACGAUAUAGACAUCAACCCGACGGAUUCUCCAACCGCUGCGGAACCAGCUGUGGAUGAUGAUCCAAACGAGGUCAUAGUCCGGUCGGCACCUGUGCCCAUUACUCCCUCGUUCCUACGCGGUCACAGUGGCAAGCGUUCUACAACCUCCAAGAUACGCGAGCGUACUCUCAAACCCCAGGAUUUCCUCCCCUCUCCUACUCCAUUCGACCUCGACAAUACCGUUGAAGACGGUCACGACGCCGACGACGAGGAUCCUCAGUUGAGUGUUUUCGAGCUUGGAGAACUCAAGAGUGCGCUCCCAUCGUCCCCACGGAUCAAACUCGACCCGACUCGGCCAGCCAAGUCGAAGAGCAACAAGCCCCCUCGGGCACAAGGCAGCAAGAGCUCCAAGCCACCAAAAGGAGCACGAGCACCCGUCGAUGCCGCACCCAAGACUCCGGAACAGAUUGCGCAGCGGAUGGCGGACAAGCGCGCCAAACGUGACAAGCGGCGAGAGGAACGGCGCAGAGCGCUGUUGGAUCCUGUCUACGACCAUGGUGCCCUCGUAACCCAGGAUGACGACGACGAGUUGGACGGCAUCGAGCACCUUGAUUCCACCAAGACGAUCGAGGAGCAGGCUAUGACUGUUUCUGUUGUCACACUCAAGCGCCAGGACACUGUUAUACCGCAGACGGCGUCCACUCCAGACACGAGCGCCAAAGAUUCUGCAAAUACUACGGAGCCAAGGCUUAUCGUCGAGGCGCUCGUCGUGCGCAAAGCAGGGUUUGGUCGUGGAUUUGUCGAUCUCAGCCAAUUUGACGAGGAGCUAAGGCAUCUGCCUAGCUUUUCACUCUCCUAG